GAGCGAGAUAAGCCUAAUUUUGUUCCCACCUCAUCAGCCGUUCGAUUAUUCGAUCCUUUACCUCUAUUGUGCGCCACUUAUCAUCACUUUUGCUUUUUCAAAGCUGUCGUAGCUCUUCAAACUCAUUUGAUCGGUGCAAUUUGAUUUUCCCUCAGUGUUUUGGAACCUGUUUUGACUUGUAGGCAAGUUUCAAAGGGUUAUAGAAGUUGAUAAAGGGCCAAAGGGGGAUUUGGAUAUCGGAUUUGAAACGGUUACUUGCUAUGGAUUCAAACGGGUUGAAACCGCCUGUUUCGGAAUCUGAUAAGAUGGAAGCCUCGGCCAAACAUUUACCUAUCAAGAAAAGGAGGAUCGUAUUCAUGGAUUCGUCGCCAUCGCUUAACAACGCUUCGUCCUCACAAGGGACUGAAAGCGUUGCUGCGCAAGAUGCUAAUGCGAAAGCAGACGUGAAUUGCCUGCCUGCUGCAUCGUUGACGGUUGCUGACUUGCAUCAAAGUGAGAGUAAUGAUAGUAAACUGGAUGUACACAAGUGUGUGACGUAUAGUAGGAAACGUAAUGAGCGUGAAGAUAUAAGUGGCACGUCUGUAGCUCUUGGUGCUUUAGAGGUUAAAGCAAAUAGUGUGAAGUUGGAGAAUAAGUCUGCUAAUGAAACUGCUAUCAACAUGUUAACAGCCGCUUCUCGAGAUGUUGCCUCCUCUACGGUGGUUAAUUCCACCCCGGAUGAAUCCACGUUGGAUGAUUCAUGCCCACAUGCCUCUUCUGAAUCAGAAUGUACCGAGAGGUCUCUAGUAACAAGUAAUACACAAAAGUCUGCUGCUUUGGAUGAAAGAUUAAAUUGGGAUUUGAACACUGUAAUGGCAUGGGAUGAACAACUAGAAUGUGACCACAACAUGAGCGGUUGUAAGCAAGGAACAGAAAGUGGAAGCGUUUCUCAAAACAUAGGAAAUGAAACUUUACCUGUUGAGUUGAAGGGUUUAAUUAUUAAAACUGAGGGAUCAGAGCUGGAAGAGUGUAAACCGGUCUUUAAUGAUGUCGGAAAGUUGUCGUCUUCUGUUAUUAAUAGUGCUCCUUUUAUUGCCGUCUCUAAAGUAAGUUCCUUACGCAAUCAGCAUGCUGAUAGUUCUACUCCUGAUGCUGUUCCUAGUGCGCUCACAUUGGAGUACCCAAUGUCCGAAAUUUCUGCAAAGCAUGUGGAUGGUAUGGCCACGGGUACUGAUUUUACAUUUAUGCCCUCAGGUUUUGGUCAUGGUAUAGACAUACGUGAUAAUGUUGUUUUAUCUAAAAAUGCGAGUUCUGGGGAUAAUGUUAAUCAUACUAUCGUUGGUGUACGCACAACUGAGAAUGAUAAACUUAAUCUAUCACUUGUUACUACUCCCUCUCUUGAAAAUAGAGUUCAUCAGAUGGGAAGUAUGGUUAAUGAAGAUGAUAAGGCUAAUGUCAAAAGGUUAAUUACUAGCAAUAGGAUUGCCAUGGAGAAUUUGAGUAGCAAGGGGACUGAAAGUUCAUAUAAUGUACUUGUUUCAUCUAAAAGUGUUGAUUCUGUGAGUUGUGGUAAUAGUACUAUGACAGCUACACAAACGACCGAGAUUGAGAAACUUAAUUUAUCACUUGUCACUGCAGCCACUACAGAAAUUGUAGCUCAUCAAAGAAGUGGUACUAUCUUUGAUGAUGAAGAUGAUAAAACUAAGGUCAAAAGAGUAAUUACUAGCAAAGGGAUCAUUACGGAGAACCCACCUGCUGCAGUUUCUUCAAUGCAUGAUGUUGUUUGUUCUGAUGCUGAAGUUCCACCUCAAUCUGGAAAAUCACACACCAACUUUACCAAUGAUAUUAUAAGUAAUAACAAAGAGCUUCGUAAUGACGAGAGUUUACCAAGUGACAUUCAAGCAGGAAGUGAGGUUGAUAAUACGGAUGAAGUCUCGUAUGGUUAUGAGGAGUCUCAAUUUGAAGAUGGAGAAUUGUUGGAAUCAAGCAUACAAACACGGGAAGGGAAUGGUGGGGAGAAUAGAGAAAUUAAACAUGGUACCGAUCACAAGGGUGCUUUUAGUACCCCUGAAAAUGGUUCCUUAAAGUCCACUGAUGUCGGGUCCCAAAAGGGAACAGAUGAAAUUUCUAGUGUAUUGUGGCCUGAAAAACUUGACGGCAGUGACCAAAUAUCUGGUUCUGAACCAAGUGUGAUAGAAAAGUAUACGACAGAAGUUAACAUGAAGGAUGAUAGCCAAUCAGAUCAAUGGAAAAUGAAUGUAUCAGGAUCAGAUCUCUUGCCCGAGAAUCAGAGCUUCUCUAGUAAUAUUACUAAAAUAAAUGAUUUCAGCAGUAUAAAAUCUUCCUCGGGGAUAACUGAAGAUUUUGAAACAAAGGUUGAACUACCAAAAUUCUAUAGAAGAGAACCACCAACACGGGAUGCAUUUCUUAGUAGGAGUAGAUUUCGUAUGCAAGGGAGUUCCAGCAACGCUGAUGAAUCAGCUUCCAGGUCUGUUAGGGACUCGGGUGUCAUAAGGUCUCUUGGACGUGGUAAAUACACACGUGGAGGUGGAACGUGGGAUAGAUCCCCACCUUUUCGUGGUCCUUCCUUUCGUCGUUCUUUACCUGAAGAUGAUAUUUUGACAGACAAAUCCGGUGUCGAUCCAAAUGUUACACGCGGAUCUUUCAGAAGGCGAUUAAUAGUAAACUCUGAAGAAGAUGAGUUCCGUGCACGUUUGGGGCUGAGACCAACUGGUGACACUGGUCAUAAUCGAUUUGUGAAUGUGGGAAGGGGAAGAUCGUUGAGAUAUGGUUCAAGACUUAACGAUGUGGGACCCAGGGAACGAUACUAUGGACAUCCUACAAAUGAUGAACCGUCAAUGGACUAUUCACAUUCUUUUGCCGCUAGACAGCGGUGCUUUUCUCCCACACGUCACCAUUCUGGGUCAACGUCUCCUCCAAGAGCCCGAACUCGUUCUCCAAUUGGUGAUGGUUUUAGAGGCCGUAGUAGAUCUCCUAUUUUGAGAGCUGAUACUAGAAUGCGAAGGGAACCCAUAUAUCGACAUGGUUUUGAAUCAGAUCAUGUUGGUGGAUAUAAUCUGGAACAAUCUGUAAACAAUAACCCUCCUCCUGGUUCAAGAUUUGUAAAGUACAAACAACGACCUUCUGUUUUUGACAGGAGAUCACCACCACCAGCAACUGGAGAAAGACUUGGUUUCUAUGAAUCUUCAAGAAAAACAAAACAGAACGAAAACUACAGCUCCUCGCGAUUUACCGAGCUUCAUGCAGGUGGGAGAGAUGACGAUGUAAUGGAUCAUGGGUAUAGGCGUGGCGGGUUUGUUAGGCCUUAUGACAUGGGUAGGCCCAUUAAACAUAUACAGUAUAACGAGGAAGAAGGUUACGGUCCUCCUCCGGUCUAUGAUUCCCGUGAUAAGGAAGCUUUGGAAUUCCAUGGCCGAGGGAACCCGAAACUGUACCGUGAUCUUCCAAGGAGGGCUAGAGAAGAUAGAGACAAGUGGUGACCAAUUACUUACCAAGAUGGCUUACAAAAGGUAAGGCUGGUGUAUUAAUGAAAGGAAGAUAAUAUCUUGCAGUUGUGAGGUUUUAUCUCUUGCACAUAUAUCUCUAUGCUAUUAGUUCCCUUCAAAUUACCGAGGUUGGAAACCGGGUGAUGACUUGACACUCGGCUUGUUUCCCGACAACCAUCGCUAAUCAAGUUAUAUGUUGUCGACGACUCUCAUGUCAGGACGAAUGAAGAAAUGAAACAGUCCAUAUUCAUGUUCAUUUUCAAGGUUUGAUUUUGAGGACGGUCAAUGACGAUGCAUCUUUUAAAAAAGACCAGUUUAGUAGUUAUUCACUUAUUCGGAUGGUCCAUGAAACAGAAGUGGCAAUAGUGCCAAUACACAUUGUGGCCCAAAUCUUGAAAGGGGUGGGUUUGUCUCAUUUUAGUUUGGCUUGUGCUUUAGUUUCCUUUUAGUUUGUUUCAUUGUAUCUUGCUUAUAAUAUAAAGCUACUAGUGGGUCAAGAAUAAUGGUAGCAUUUCGAACAAGAUGCACAUACCACCAACGAAACCAUGGACCAGUCUAUAACAAGUGAUGUCAACUCUUUUUAACAAAUGGAAAUGUACCAUCAACACAUGGCC